AACUACUAGAGACCUACUGACCUACUGACUAUUACAAAAACACUUUAUUUUUACACUUUUGCCAUAAUAUACUUUGUAUUAUGGCAGUAAAUAUUUUACCUUUAUUAUAAUGCUCUCAUCAAUAAAAUCUAAGUAAUUCUAUCAAAACUGAUUUUCUACGUUUCGUGAAGAUGGCUUGUAGAAAGAACAAAUUCGAAGCAGCUGUUGAAGACGGUACAAGACGGGUUAAAGUGAAGAGUCCAAGGGAUGAAAGCGUCUCUGAGGUCAGCUUCACUGUGAUGGGAGGCAAUCAGGGGAUCAAAAGUGUUCUGGAAGUCAAAUCGUUGUUAAUGGAUAGUUUACAAUUACGCCUGGAGCCCAGCGACUAUGAUCUAGUAGGCCGGUCAGAGGUCAAGACCGAGAUUAUGCAGGACAGCUUGUCCAUCCUGAACUAUGAUGGCUACUUGAAUGUGAAAACUUGCCAUUUAGAGUUUCAGAAAAGAGAGCCAUCUUUACGAGAAGAAACUAAAAAGAAAACAGAAGUCUACAGCACUCUCUGCGACAAACAAUAAUUGCAAGUGAAAGUUUAGCGAAAGACAAGACAGGAAUUUGUGUGUCAUUCCACUUGAUACCCAGACAUCGUAUCUGAAAUCUUUUGGACUCCCAAUGCUAAAGCAAACUAUUAACUCUGAAGUUCUCACCUAAUGACACAGAAUUUUUUUUUUUGAGCAACACAAGCACACAGCCAAACAUUUUGUCGUCAUUAUAUGGAAAGUAUCGAAUGACUAUUGAAAUUUGAAAAAGGGGUUGGGGGGGUACUUAAAGAUAUCUUUACAUUACUUACCCUGAAAAUAGUUUUGUCCCUACAAAGUAGUUUUCCUACAGCCCAGACAUACUGUUCAUUCUGUGUGUAUGACUUUUUUAUUAUUUGCUUUUAAAUUUUACUUAUUAAUUUUUGCUUAAUAUCUUGGUAAUAACUUGUUUGAAUGUGUUUUAUUGAAAUGACGGUACUUAAUCGUUAGUUGUUUGUCUUACUGGUAACCAGUGUUUUUUUUUUGUGACGGUAAGCACCGGUACGGCGUACCGGCACCUUUUUCAAUGUGAGGAAAAAAAUAUUACUUUUCUUGUAUUUUAACGUUUAUUAUUAAUUUAUUAGUAGUUAAGAGUUAGGCAAUCCAUCACUGAGUACCGGCACCUAUUUGUUUUUUACAAAAAAAAAAGCACUGCUGGUAACUGUUCUGUUGUCACAGAUUAAUAAUAAAUUACUGUAGACGUUACUAAUUAAUAAUGAUAAUAACUAGACUGUCUUUAUCAAGGUAGACAUAUAUAACUAUCUUUUUUAUUCCGUCCGAUCCUUUGCUUUCGCACAAAACAUAAACAACAAAUAAUGACGUAAUUUCAUAUAAUAUUAGCACAGUAACUGUUGUUACUUUUAUUAAUAAAGUGCCCUGUAUUUUGUAUUCAAAUGGAAUAUGAAAUAAGUACUUUGUUAUUAAGUAAGUUUCUGGCAUGGGUUUUGUAUUAAAUUACAGUUAGUAACAUUAAUUUAGACAAGUUAAGAACAUGUCGCGUUAUUCUUUUAGUGAAGGAAAGUGUUAUUAUUUUUAUGUCAAUUAUAGUUUAUAGACAAAAUAUGCAGAUCUGAACUUGAUUUGCUUAGGUACCUGAAAUACUGCAUUCAUUCUUUAUUACCAUUGAGAAUAAAACUGAUUAAUCACUUCUUGACAUGUUGAAAUGUAUACGUUACAAUAUAUGUGUUUUACUAUUGAAUUUUUUGCAUUUUUUAAAAAUGCUUUGGUAAUAAAUUGUUUUUUAAAAA